CUACUGGUUACCUUGAGAAAAUGGUUGAUAAGAUAGUUGGCGUGGUAAUCGUGGUAAUCUAACUACCUAGUCAAUUACAGCUUUUACAGCUACAAUACCUGACUCUCAUGAUCCAGUAUUUCAGGAUCUCAGAGGUCUGGUAGUUAUAUAGGAGGUGGAAUGUAGAUCAUUCAAUCGAGCACAUACUCAGUUAGUGUUGGGUCUAGUAUAAAUAAGAUGUUUGUUUACGACGUACCUAGUUAGUAACUACCUCCUAGCUAUGCCCGAGAGACCAAGAGCUUGUUGUCAUUGAAAUCUGAACGUCGGUCGGUAACUACACUGAACAUCCUUCAAAUUUGUCCAGGCUCGUGGACUGGUUACCCGUCUUGCUCUCCCAUAUAUUCCUUGGUAGUCUAAGUCAACGUUGCCCACAUCCUUCUCUCCAUGCCACCAUCCACCUGAGAUAUCUACACAAUGCACAACACGGCAGAAUCUAGUACUUUCCCGGAAGAGAACUCUUUUGAGGACCUUAAGAAUUAUGACUGGGAACAGCUCCAGGAACGGUAUCUGGAUCUAAUGGAGAAACAUGGAGACACCGAGGAACAAUUACAGGCUCAAAUCUCGGACUUGCUAGAGAUAUUUGCCGCUUGGUCUCGCGUUACUGUUGUUCGCGAUGAGACUCGGGCAUUCAAAAGAUUCAAAACACAAAUAGAGCAUGUGCAAAAUUCUGAAGACACACUAGAGCAGAAAAGAAAACACUAUGUUGCUGUCGUGAAGGCAUUCGAGAGCGCUCUUGCGCUGCUUAAUGGUCGCCUUAAACACUAAGUAUUGAUUUCCCAGCGGCCAAAGCCUGGCAACGAAAGCGUCUUUUGUUCUUACCUCUGUUCUUUUUUAAUGUACUGUAUAUUACCAAUUGCGGAACCAGUGGACAGCUAAUAUAAUU